AUGUCAGAGAAGAAGGAUCAACUAGAAGAUGCCAAAGUGCAGACCAUCGAAGACGGAGAAGUUACCUUCACAGGGUCCAAUGGCGCAUUCGAUGAGAAACAGACUAGGAAGUUGGUCCGGAAAUUGGAUAGACAUAUCCUCCCAGUUCUCGUCAUCCUGUAUCUACUCAGCUUCUUGGAUCGAACCAACAUCGGCAACGCUCGCCUAGCCAAUCUGGAGCGAGAUCUGAAUAUGUCCGGUUUGGACUACAAUGUUGCGCUCGCCAUCCUCUACCCAUUUUACGUUGCUGCCGAGAUCCCGUCCAACAUUAUGAUGAAAAUCACAAGACCUUCGUUGUGGCUCCCAUCCACCAUGGUUGCAUGGGGUAUCUGCUGCACUCUGAUGGGUCUGUGUCACAACUAUGCAGGGCUGCUCGCCGCCCGUGCCGCUUUAGGUCUUGCUGAAGGCGGACUCUUCCCAGGUAUCAACUUCUUUAUAACAAUGUGGUACCGCCGACAUGAGUGUGGCCUUCGGAUGUCAAUCUUCUUUUCAAUGGCCACUGCAGCAGGUGCCUUCGGUGGUCUUCUCGCUCGUGGCAUCUCUGAAAUGGAUGGCAUUGGUGGUCGGGGUGGCUGGGCGUGGAUUUUCAUCCUGGAGGGCAUCGUCACCGUUGCAGUGGCCUGCUGGGCGUACUGGGCGUUCCAAGAUUACCCUGAUACCGCCAAAUUUGUCACGGAUGCUGAAAGACGUGAGAUUAACCGACGGCUGGAUGAGGAUCGCGGUUCCUUGGCAGAUGAGUACGACCGAAAGUACGUGUGGGAUGCAUUCAAGGACUGGAAGAUCUACGCCCACUGCUUCAACUUCUUAGGGACUUUUGCUUCGGUUUACUCGUUCUCCCUCUUCCUUCCGACCAUCGUGCGCGACUUGGGCCACACGAAUGAAAAGGCCCAACUUAUGACCGUGCCACCCUACGUCGUGGCCUGUUUCUUCUGCAUCGGCGCCGGCUAUGGCGCUGACCGUCUCCAGACCCGUGGCAUCGUCAUGAUCGUCUUCAACCUAGUCGGCAUUAUCGGUCUGACCAUGCUCGUUGCCUCCAACGACCCGCAAGUCAAGUACGCAGGCACCUUCUUCUUCGCCACGGGUGUCUACCCCAAUGUACCCCAGUGCAUGGCGUGGAACGGCAACAACGUCGGCGGCUCGACCAAACGGAGUAUUGCGCUGGCGAUGCAAGCCAUGGUUGGCAAUCUCGGCGGCAUACUCGCCUCGUUUGUUUUCUUGGCGACCGAUGGACCGCGCUACAUCAAGGGCUACAGCAUCUUGAUCGGUAUCAUGAGCAUGUCGGCCAGCGUGUGCACGUUCAUGACGCUGUACUAUCGUCGUGAGAAUGCGAGAAGGGACAAGAAAUACAAGCCGCUGGAGGAGUACACUACCGCGGAGAAGGCCUUGGAGCGAGAGAAAGGCGACGAUGCAACGUUCUUCAGAUUCACCGUGUGA